AUAUUUGAAGGGAGGUAAUAAAAGGUAAGCAAAUGUGAUGUGGCACAGGAAAUAUUUCUAUUUAGAUUUUGUUUACUGUCAUCUAUGAGAACAAUUCCAGAACUGCUUUAGAAGAAUUAACCUCUGUCAACAAAAUGAUUUCUGAUAUCAUCUUGUUUAGUACUCUUCUCGUCAAUGCAUGUGCUGUUGUGAAUUUCAAUUUGAAAAGGAAUAAAGAUGACCUCUUUGGGGCCUCACCAGAACCAACAGUUGGAGAUAAAAUCCGGGAAUUCUUGUUAAGUUUACGCUACUUUCGGAUUUUUAUUGGUUUAUGGAAUGUGUUAAUCAUGUUUUGUAUGAUUGUGUUAUUUGGUAACUGACCCUUGUGAAGGUGUUCUUCAAAUGCAGCAAGUCCAGAGUGGAAUUUUGUAAUUCAUCUUCUAAUUCAGAUGGUUUGGGAUUUUCAAUGAAAACUGGUGUCAAAGAAUUGAAUUGUGGUUUAUACUCAUACUUGAUUUAUAUACAUAUACAAUUAUAAAUGGGAAUGAAUGCACAUUGUGUGUAUGAUGUGUGUGUGUGUGUCAGUGUUGUGUGCAUGUGUAUGAUCUAUGAAUGUUUAUGCAUUUUGAAAUAUGUGUGAGUAAUGUAUGUAUGUUUGAAUAUAUGUGCAUGUACACUUUCAUAAACAUUGAGCCUAUGAAUUAAUGUAUUUGAGUUUUGAAAUAUGUAAAUAAAGUUUCAGAAAAUAUUAUGCACAGACAA